AAAUUAUGUUGGAUAUAGUACUCCCUAUACUAAAGUGGACAGGUCUUGUCCUGUUAAGUUACUUCAUUUACAUGAGCUAUAAGCUGUUACUAUACCCGUACAUGUGCUGGAGAAAGUUCAAAAACUACUCCAACGUCUACGUAACUCCUAAAUUCGUUCCUCUCCUUGGAGACCUCAAAAUGAUCACCGAAGACAUUCAAAAUGGCAAAACCUACUACGCUCACCGAGUUCGAGAAGCCCCCUUCAUGAAGGGCAAAGACCUGAAGCUAAAAUUCGAAGGCUACACUCCACUGAUCCUGGUCGAGUCCAACCAAGCUCUUGAGGAACUCUGUAAGCUAGUCCCUUCCAAGAUUGACAGGACGAAUACUAAUAAGGGACUAGGGAGGAUCGGAAGAGGCACUUUGCUGUUUGAGAGGAGUACCAAGAGGACUAUCGUCAGGAGGAAGUUGAUGACGAGUUUUCUGAGCUUAAAUAGCUCAUCCAGACAUAUACCAGCGAUGGUGAGGCAUGCUAUUGAUGUUUUGCAUUUGAUGAAAGAUGGACAUAGCUACGACUUUAUUGAGCAUUCUAAUCUUCUUACUUUUAAUGUCUUCACCAGUAUUUUAUUUGGAGAUGAUAUGAUAAAACUUGCCAACAAGCUGCGCCCCUAUAAGCUUCCAGACGGUACUACUGAAUUCAUUCCCAUGAGGGACCUCAUGAUCAAGCUUUUUAAGGCAUACUUUGCUCAGAACUUCCAUCCACUGACUUCCACGUGUCAUUUCCUUUCUGAUUUCAAUCUAGACUGGUGUUAUAACUUAAUAAACCCUUUCAAAAGAGAUUAUGAGAACUACUUAGUUUACAUGCAGGCAAGCAGAGAGCUAUAUGAUAACUGUAAGGAUGAGGAAUCUAUAUGCAAACAGAUCCUCAAAAACGACCAAGUCAGGGAUGAAGAUAAACUUCAUGACCUCAACGCCUUCAUCUUCGCAGGAGCUGAGACUUCUUCACAUGCGAUCGUUUCAACUUUGUUCUUCUUGAAGAAAAGCCCAAAGGCUUUUGAGAAAUUGAAGGCUGAACUUUGCCAAGCUGGCAUUACCAAGGAGUAUCUUGAGAAGGAGGAGUUAACCAAGGAAAAGCUAGAGGAGCUUGAUUACCUUGCAUGUGUUAUCAAGGAGACUUUGAGGAUGGACAACCCAGCAGCAGAGUCUUUCUAUUAUGCUGCAUAUGAGGAUGUAGAGAUUUGUGGAGUUCCAAUUCCCAAAGGUUUUCCGAUAAAAAUCGAUUAUACUCCUUCUCAUUAUAACGACGAUUAUUGGAAAGACCCUCAUAGCUUCAUUCCUGAAAGAUUUGAUUCUGAAUCAGAGUUUUAUAAGCAAGCCCAUAGUGAAGGAAAGGCAGGAGUAGGCUUCUCCAGAAGAGGAUUCUCUCAUGGACUUAGAGCAUGCGCAGGCCAGACAUUUGCCAUCUUGGAGAUCAAAGUUGCAGUUGUAGUUAUCCUCACUUUUCUACAAAACUAUGAGGUCCCAGAUGAAUUACUUAAAAAGAGUGAGGUUGGAUUUGCUAUUGGAAGUACUAUCCCUGCGAUGUUUAAGGUUUUGAGAUCCUAAUAUAUCUUUCAUUUCUACAUCAA